UCUUCCUCCAAAAAACUUCCGACAUAAUGUAAUUACAAAAUGAGAAACUACCAUUAAACAAGAGGCUACAAAUCAAAAACUACAAAUUUAAGAUAUUUGUGCGUUUCCUUCCACUUACCAAACCAAACACACAUUAUCUAUCUUUCUUACUGAUUUCUGUCCCAAAAUAUUUAUGGCUUCUCUUUCUCUUCCCAAGCACUCCCUCCCUUCCGUACUCCCUUCCCAAACGCGCAAAGACCCAUUUCCUCAAAACCUUAAAAUCUUCUCCAAAUCAUCUCCCUCUCAGUUUUAUGGUACUAGACUCACUUACUCUUCUUCUUCUUCAAUCCCGUGUUCUUCUUCCACUAAGAAUCUCAUUUUGGCUAAGGUGAAAAAGGGAACGGCACCUCCGCCAUUUACAUUGAAAGAUCAAGAUGGGAAGAAUGUGAGUCUCUCCAAAUUCAAAGGCAAGCCUGUGGUUGUCUAUUUUUACCCUGCUGAUGAGACUCCGGGGUGUACGAAACAGGCUUGUGCUUUUAGGGAUUCUUAUGAGAAGUUUAAGAAAGCGGGAGCAGAGGUCAUUGGCAUUAGUGGUGAUGAUGUAUCAUCGCACAAGGCGUUCGCGAAGAAAUACAGACUUCCAUACACAUUGCUGGCCGACGAAAGCAACAAGGUGAGGAAAGAGUGGGGAGUGCCAGGGGAUCUGUUCGGAACAUUGCCUGGGAGAGAGACUUAUGUUCUUGACAAGAAUGGAGUUGUCCAACUCAUCUACAACAACCAGUUCCAACCCGAAAAGCACAUUGAUGAGACCCUCAAAAUACUCAAAGGCAUUUGAAUUUUGAUUCCCUCUUGUAUCUUCCAGAUGUGUACAUUAUUGUUUUAUGUCUUUGUUUUAGACAAGAACUUUAACUCUGUGUAUGAUUGAAAUCCACUUAUCAAAGUUUAAAGCUAGAGCUGUUAAUGUUGAA